CGAUAUGGUUAACCGGAUUAAUCCGGAAAAUAAUGGGUCCUAGUGCCAUUUUCAAUCACCUCCACACUAUGCUUUAUGCGGUUAUUCAUGAGAUAACGACAGUGGCCUCCGAGAUGCCCCCUAAAACAAAGCGAAGUAACUCUGGAACCCCGCAUUCUGAAGUGAAGAUCGUUGGCGAGGUGCAGGUUGACAGCAGCACCCCAACCGGUGAUAAACGCAAGCUAGAUGUCGUUGAGACAGUGAGCCAAGAUGCAGCCACAGGAGAAGAUAGAGAGGAACAAGUUAACACUCCUCGUCGAAGUAUGCGGUCCAAGGUCACAGCAGUUGCCGCUUCCAAAACCUCCAGUCACGUCAACACGCCGCGCGCGAAGAGAGUAAAGUUAGAUGCCCAAAGUAUCGAAUAUCUCCUUACAAAUCGAAAGUCAAAGCUAGGUAAAUCUGGGUUAGAUUUAAAGAAAAUAUUCAGCUUUGAAGUUUUUCAAAUGCUUUCGCCAGAAGAUCAGGACGAAUUGACACAGCUGGUGCCGAGCGUAGAUCGUGCGAAUGCUAGAGGGAUUCACGAUCCACCAUUGACGGAGAGAUUCUUCAAAUACAGUACGCAUUUGCGUGAAAGUAUUGGAGUAUUUCAAGACAUGCUAGCAGGUGGAUUUUAUGAGCCAGCUGGACAGGAACAAAUGGUGCAGGAAGUCGAAGAUACCAAAAAAGACUACGACAGCUGGAAGGAACAAAAUUACGAAGAAGUAUGGGGCGACCAUUUGGAUCAAGAAGUUAGCGAAGAAAUUGCCAGCAUCGCGAAAACCAUCACCUUGAAGGAAAUGUGCGAACAGGAUAUUCUGCGGAGUGGUGACGAGUUUGUUUAUAAGCGAAGUUUCGGAAAGAUUGGGGUUACUGUUGAAAAGGCGGUGAAGAUUAUUUCAGUUGAUGGAACCCUUCGGGUUCAAAGCGGGAACGCAACUUGGGCUGAUAUUGAGGCUCCCACACGACUGGAAACAUUGAUUCUCGACCAGGACAAGCGCGUGAGCAAAAACAAACGACCAAACGGGAAUGCUUGGAAGAGCAUAAGAUUGCGACGAAAUGGAAAGGAUAUGGGAAAACUAUCUGAGAUGAGGAAUGAUCUUGCAAUCAGCGGAUAUGGAAAGGGUAUAUCAUGAAAGAUGCGAUAUGGUCCCCAUCAGAUUGCUCUGCGAACUGGGCUAGAUACUGCGCUUGAUUCAUCCCACCCACCGAGUGGAACAUGUAAUUUAUUUUUUUGGAUUUAAAUGGCCACAUUCUUUGCAGGUUCGCAACUCCUCGCUGGCAUAAUACCGCUCAAUGACGGGUUUGAGUUGCGUCCCUAGGUCAACGCAAUGAAAGGAUUCCUCAUACACAA